GCCGGCGCCUGCCCAGCCGGGGGCGGCGGGGAGGCCGCCGGGCGGGAGGUGCGGCUGCUGCUGCUGCGGGGCUUCGAGGCCCUGUGCGCGCGCGCCGCCGCCGCGGGGCACGGCGAGGCGCCGCCGAGCCGCGCGUGCGUCGAGGACUGCCUGCGGCGGCUCGACGGCGAGGUCGCCGCGGCCGCCGCGGCGCUGCCCCCCGGGGCCCUGCUGCUGCUCGUGUCGGGCUGCGGCGACUGGCACCGCCUGCGGCGCCUGCGGGAGUCUGGCCCGGCGGCGCGCCAGGGGUCACGGGCUCGGGAGCCUCGAGGCGGGGGUCCAUGCAAGCGGGGGUCAGCCAGAGCGCCCGAGCUCGCAGGAUCCUGCAGGGCCCGUGUCGCCUUGACCCGGGUUGGGGAGCAGGAUUCGGCAGGAUCUUGCAGGAUCCUUCGCGUUGACCCGGGUUUGGGUGCAGGAUCUUGCAGGGUCCUGCAAGAUUCUGCAAGGCCUGGCUGA